AAUGAUGUGAUGCUAACCGGUUAGCUUAUUAGCGCACUCGCCGUUAACCAGAGUCCCGGGGAAAUGAACACUUUGCGCGUUGUUACAUGUUCUCUACUAUGACGAUUUCGUAUAGUCGCUGGAUAUAGGUCUCGUUUUUUCUCACACUGUUUCUGUUAUCUGGAAUGUUUCUGUCUCGUCAUCCUUAGCAACCAGGCACCGACUAUCAGAAAAUAAUGCUUAUAAACCAACCUACUCGCAGUCCUCUUGCUACCUGCACGAGCAAUAAGCUUGACAAGCCGGAGGUGUGCGAUAACGUCAAGGUGGUAGUACGAUGUCGUCCACUGAACCAGAAGGAGAGUGCGAUGUGCCACAAACAGGCCGUCGCCGUGGACGAGAUCCGCGGCACCAUCACAGUCAACAAGCUGGAGACACAACAGGAGCCCCCUAAAACUUUCACGUUUGACACUGUGUUUGGACCAGAAAGCAAACAGCUGGAUGUCUACAACCUCACAGCCCGGCCCAUCGUUGACUCGGUGCUAGCAGGAUACAAUGGUACCAUUUUUGCCUAUGGACAGACUGGAACAGGAAAGACUUUCACCAUGGAAGGUGUCCGAGCAGUGCCAGAGCUCCGAGGGAUAAUACCAAACUCCUUUGCCCAUGUAUUUGGUCACAUUGCUAAAGCAGAGGGGGACACGAGGUUUUUGGUUCAUGUAUCAUACCUUGAGAUUUAUAAUGAAGAAGUGCGUGACUUGUUGGCCAAGGACCAGACACAGAGACUGGAGGUUAAAGAAAGACCAGAUGUUGGCGUUUAUAUCAAAGAUCUUUCUGGGUAUGUGGCAAACAAUGCUGACGACAUGGACAGGAUCAUGACUUUGGGCAACAAAAAUCGGUCUGUCGGUGCUACCAAUAUGAAUGAGCACAGCUCGAGAUCACACGCCAUUUUCACCAUCACCAUCGAGUGCAGCGAGAAGGGUGUGGAUGGAAAUCAGCACGUGCGCAUGGGAAAACUUCAUCUGGUUGAUCUCGCUGGUUCAGAAAGACAGGGUAAAACAGGAGCCACUGGCCAGCGCCUCAAGGAAGCAACAAAGAUCAAUCUGUCACUCUCCACGCUGGGCAACGUCAUCUCUGCCCUGGUCGAUGGCAAAAGCACCCAUGUGCCCUACAGGAACUCGAAACUUACCCGCUUGCUGCAGGACUCACUCGGUGGGAACUCGAAGACCUUGAUGUGUGCAAACAUAGGUCCUGCAGACUACAACUAUGAUGAGACCAUCAGUACUCUGCGCUAUGCUAACAGAGCCAAAAACAUCAAGAACAAAGCCAGAAUUAACGAGGACCCUAAGGAAGCUCUACUGCGCAAGUUUCAGAAGGAGAUUGAGGAUCUGAAAAAGAAACUAGAGGAAGGUGAGGAGAUCUCUGGUUCGGAGGGUAGUGGGUCAGAUGAGCUUGACGAAGGGGAUGAAGAGGGAGGGGAUGCUGGACAAGGACGCAGGCGACGAAGAGGGAAAAAGAAGGUUUCCCCAGAAAAGAUGGUGGAGAUGCAGGCUAAGAUUGAAGAGGAGCGAAAGGCUUUGGAGGCAAAGCUGGACAUGGAGGAGGAAGAGCGGAACAAGGCAAAAGCUGAACUGGAGAAGAGGGAGAAGGAUCUUCUCAAAGCUCAGCAGGAGCAUCACCUUCUGCGUGAGAAAUUGUCAGCUUUGGAGAAGAAGGUGAUCGUAGGGGGCGUUGACCUCUUAGCAAAGGCUGAGGAGCAGGAGAAACUUCUGGAGGAGUCCAACAGUGAGUUGGAAGAACGCCGUCGUCGGGCAGAGCGCCUUCGCAAGGAACUGGAGGAGAAAGAGCAAGAGCGCCUGGAUAUUGAGGAGAAGUACACAAGCCUUCAGGAAGAAGCCCAAGGGAAGACCAAAAAAUUGAAGAAAGUGUGGACCAUGUUGAUGGCUGCAAAAUCUGAAUUGGCAGAUCUGCAACAAGAGCAUCACCGAGAGAUUGAGGGCCUGCUGGAGAACAUUCGCCAGCUGAGCCGGGAGUUGCGCCUCCAAAUGCUGAUCAUAGACAACUUUAUACCUCAAGAAUACCAGGAGAUGAUUGAGAACUAUGUGAACUGGAAUGAAGACAUUGGAGAAUGGCAGCUGAAAUGUGUCGCCUUCACUGGUAACAAUAUGAGAAAACAGACACCUGCUCCAGGCAAAAAAGAAAAAGAUCCUUUCGAAGUAGACCUGUCUUACGUGUAUUUGGCCUACACAGAGGAGAGCAUGCAACAGUCAUUGAUGAAACUAGAGAGGCCCAAAACCUCAAAAAGUAGCAAGAGCGGCCGGCCCAAGACUGGUCGCAGGAAAAGGUCUACAAAAGCAGAGGCAGCCGUCGAGUCCCCUCUGCAGUGACAACAUGGCAGUUUCAACUGAACACGUCUCUCUUUUAAUUAACUGAUGAUCCUUAUUUAAAAGAUGAUCUGAGUACACUGUAUACCUGACACGGUUUUAAAUGUGACGCUGCAAUUAGCCGUUUGGAUUAUUAUGGUCAAUAUGGUCCCCAGCUUCACGUACACUAUCGUAUUGAAAGUCAUUUUAAUGGAGCUGUUAAAUUAGCGCAUCGGACAGAUGGCACAUAUUUAGCAAUAAAGAGGAUUCUGAUUUUGUUUGUAAAUCUGGACUGCAACAGUAUGUGGAAAUAGUAUUUGCCCCCCCUCGUGAUUUUUUUAAGGUCACACAAGAUUUUCAAAUCAUCAAACCCAAAGACAGAGAAAAUGCAGUUAUCAAAUGAUAAUUCAUUUUAUUAAGGCACAAACAAAAAUCCAAAUCUUCCUGACCCUCUGUGAAAAAUAUUUUUUUUGUUAUGAUUUAAUAAUUUAUUUUUGUUUUUUUUGUGCAUUAAUAAAUUGAAUUGUCAUUUGAAAACUGCCUCUUGUAUUACCUAGUGUUUUCUCUGAGUGAUAUUAAAAUUGGUUUGAUGAUUUGAAAACUUUGUGUGUGAUGCGGGAAAAAAAAUGAUAGGGAAGAAAGUGAAUAGUUUUUCACAGCACUGUUCGACAUGGCAAAAUUUGUUCUUUUUCUGCAGCAGUCAUUGUUCUAUCAUACUUAUCAUAGAGCUUUGGGUUUACUAUUUCAUUGUCUUCUACCAUUCAAAUGUUUGUUUGAUUAUACACACAACCAACAUGAAUGAAAAUUAAUGGGAGCUUUUAAUUGAAAAUCAACUUUUUAAUCUGCUGAAUGGGUCUUUUGCAGCUAUAAACGAUGCAUGCAAAAAUGGGAAAAGACUUAUUUGGUCUUAAGAUACUGUAGUUAAACCCUUUCCCAUUUUUGUAUAAUUUGACAAAAAUGCCAUUUCAAAUCCAGAAUGUCUUGUCUAAAUACAGGAAUACAAAUACUAUAAAUGCUCUCAACUAUGAUCAUUACCAGAAUCUUGCAGAAUGGUCCAAAAGCAGUCUUUUUGCAAAAUUCUCCAAAAUGACUUAUUUUAUUUGACCUGAACAUUACAAAACAUUGGACAAACCAGCUGCACUGACCAGGCUAGUGUUUUGUUUUUUGUUUUUUUUUAAAGGUCCCUGACAAAUAUCUUAUGAUCAAUCUCCUCCCGCGAACUCAAGAAGCAAAUUCUAGCGUUUGGCCCCGUUAGAGGAGAAACGAGACUGUUCAAAAGAAGUCUUGAAGAUUGGGGGUCUACAGUCCCUCCUGACAGACCCUCAAGUGGCCGGUUUGUCAAAGUUCAGAAAUAUGAUUAGGGCUGAGAACAAUUAUGACAGUUAUUAAUUUACAACAAUUUAUUUGACCUGAACAUUACAAAACAUUGGACAAACCAGCUGCACUGACCAGGCUAGUGUUUUGUUUUUUGUUUUUUUUUAAAGGUCCCUGACAAAUAUCUUAUGAUCAAUCUCCUCCCGCGAACUCAAGAAGCAAAUUCUAGCGUUUGGCCCCGUUAGAGGAGAAACGAGACUGUUCAAAAGAAGUCUUGAAGAUUGGGGGUCUACAGUCCCUCCUGACAGACCCUCAAGUGGCCGGUUUGUCAAAGUUCAGAAAUAUGAACAGGGCUGAGAACAAUUAUGACAGUUAUUAAUUUACAACAAUUUUUUUUAUUUAAUACCCAAUGAAAUUGUAAUUACUGUUAAAAAAAAUAGCUUAACUCAAUAUUUUUCAACUAUUGGCCACUUUGUUGUGUCAUUUCCUGCUAAAAGAUACUAUUCAACAAAAAUGUACAUUAUGGUAAGUUAUUUUUGGGUUUAAUCAUGGAAUAUUUUGACUGUACGUUAUUCAAAAAUUGAUUAGUAAUCAGUUCUACAAUUACUCUGUCCCUGAAAAAGAAAAAAAUGAAGAACUUCAUCCUCAGAUUUCCAUGACAACAGUAACAGAUGUAAAAAAAAUAUGCAUCUGUACUAUACACUGAAUCUGUAUGUUCCGCUACAGAAAAAGAAACUAAAUGCAGUCAUUUAAGGUAUCAAUCCUUAAGUCAAUUUCAGUUUUUGAUGAAAAAGUCAAAUGCUUCUAUUAUGAAAAGAUGCUAAGUUGUCUUAAGUAUUUAAGUAAAAGUGCGCUUUCUACUAUUUCACGUAGGUCAGAAACUUUGGGAGCGUGCAUGCCAGCCAGCUCUCAUUAGUGCCACUCAUUUGUCGUCUUUGGAAUGGUUACAGCUAUAUUAUUGAGAUGCACCAUAUUUACUGUAUGCCUUAGUAUAAUGCACUCAUUUGAGGCUCUGUGAAGGUCAUUUUAAUUUCACCUGUGUGUUUCAUAGUGGAGGCAAACUGCCGUUUGUUCUAUAUCAUAUGUCGAAUGUUUACAUUCACCCUGGAUGUUUUAUUUAUUAAAUUAUUUUAUACACGUUUACCUCA